AUGGCUGCUCUGACGCCAGCCUAUCUGGCGCAGGACGACUCAGGGGGCACCUUCCCCGCGGUGAUCGCAAUGACCGUGCUCGCCUUCCUCGCCGUGCUUUUGCGCGUCGCAUCAAGGGUAUACGCGAAUGUUAAUUUCUGGUGGGAUGACUGGACUAUUUUUGCAGCCAUGGUCUGCGAGCUUUCGCUCACCAUCGGCAUCCUCUACGCAGCCAAAUACCUGAAUGCCGGCCACCAUAUCCAAGCCCUCACUCCGUGGCAGCGCGUCGAAACCGCCAAGGUAAACCUCAACGAUGAACUGCUUUUCUUCCAUUGA